GAAAAAAGAGGGCGCCACAACCCUGAGUCAAGCAGGAAGACCGACGUUCAUGACGUUCGCAGCGCCUGUGACGUCACGUGCUUGAAACGUGUUUUGAUUCUACAGCAGAGAUGUUCUGGUAUGGAUUAAGAACAUUCCUUUCAGUUGUAUUUUAAACCAGGAGAGCAGUAUUAGUUUUAAUUCGUCUUUAAACUCAUCAGCUAUUUGUUUUAUAACUCCGGAUUAGCGUUUUAUUUCCUUCAGCACGUCAUCGUCUUACGUUUUUUACUCGUUUAAAUGAAUUAAACCCCGUAGGAAAUACGUAACUUAAAGACAUCGAAUUUAUUUCAGGUAUUAGUUUAUUCCGCCAUAAACGAGCAACAAACCAUUAAACAAAGGUGUGCACGGGUUUAGGGUCAUUUUUUGAGGUGAUCCAGUGCCCCGUGUGUCAUCAUGCCGGUCCAGUGCAGUAACUGCGUCCAGAGACGUGCCGUGCUCAAACGGCCCAAGACCGGACACUCUCUCUGUAAGGACUGCUUCUUCUGGGCAUUCGAGGAGGAGAUCCAUCAAACCAUCAUGUCCGCUGGACUCUUAAACCGUGGAGAAACCGUGGCCAUCGGUGCCUCGGGCGGAAAGGACUCUACCGUCCUGGCCCAUGUGAUGAAGGUCCUGAACGAGCGCUACGAUUACGGCCUGAACCUUCUGCUGCUGUCGGUGGAUGAGGGCAUCACGGGUUACAGAGAUGAUUCGCUGGAGACGGUGAAGAGGAACCAGCAGCAGUAUGAGCUGCCGCUGAAGAUCGUGUCUUAUGAAGAGCUGUACGGCUGGACCAUGGAUGCCAUCGUGAAGCAGGUGGGACUGAAGAAUAACUGCACUUUCUGCGGUGUGUUUCGCAGGCAGGCGCUGGACCGAGGAGCCAUGAUGCUGAAAGUGGACAAGAUAUGCACAGGUCACAAUGCAGACGACGUAGCAGAGACGGUGCUGAUGAAUGUCCUGCGUGGAGAUAUCGCUCGUCUCCGCCGCUGCACCGCCAUCAGCACGGCCAGCGACGGAGAGGGUGCCAUCCCACGCUGCAAGCCCCUCAAAUAUGCCUACGAGAAAGAAAUUGUCCUCUACGCCUAUUUUAAGAAGCUUGAUUACUUCUCCACAGAGUGCAUCUACUCGCCCAAUGCCUACCGGGGACACGCUCGUGCCUUCCUCAAAGACCUGGAGUCCAUCAGGCCCAGCUCCAUCAUAGACGUCAUCCACUCCGGCGAGACGCUGUCCAUAAAGGAAGGGGUGAAGAUGCCGGUGCAGGGAACGUGCUCGCGCUGCGGCUACAUCUCCAGUCAGGCCCUGUGUAAGUCCUGUGUUCUGCUGGAGGGCCUGAAUCGAGGUUUACCCAAACUGGGCAUCGGGAAACAUCACCGUCUGCACGGCAAAAUUCUGGCUCAGGAGCCUUUGACCGAACAGGAGGAGAAGAAACUGAAGCCUGUGGACUUCUGACACAAAAUCGAGACUAGAUUUUAAAAACUGGACAUUUCAGUUACGUGUCCUCUGUGUUUUAAGAUUCUCUGGGAUGAAUGUUCAUAAUAUGUGGUGUUUUUAUUUUUUCAACCACAUGGAACUGAAUGUCACAUCUUUUGUUAAUGCGUUCGCUGAAACAGCAGCUUAGAAAACUGCCAUUAAAAACCACAGAUCUUGUUUUAAAGACAGACAUACUUUUCUAAAUUAUGUCCCUUUCACAUCAGGAGAAACGUUUCAAAUCUCUUUAUGAUUUUUUUAUUUAUUUAAACAAUAUUCAUAACAAUAAAGUUACUUAUCAUUUCUUCA